AACUACUCCCUCCCUACCCUUUCAUCCCAUCCCUUCUCGCUCUCUUGUCGUGAGCCAUCUUUAAUGCUUCCUUUCUCUCUCUCUCACUCUCUCUCUCUUCCUUCCCUACAGAAUCCAACACACAGAGAGAGGCGAGCAGAAGCCACGCUCCCCACAUUUAAUUCCGUCAUCUCUUCCCCCUCUCCUCCCCUGCCCUGACUCUCUCGAACUCCCACAGUCUUUAUAAGACCCAGUGACAGAGAGGAAGGCCAUGGAGCUGUUAACCUUCCGCCUUUCCAUGGCAGCUUGUUGCAUGGCGUUACUCGGCCAUGUUACGGUCUCUCAGAGGUCGACGAUUCAGCACCAGGAUUUUAUUUCUUGGGAUGAUUUGAGCGUCGACAAGUACACGAGAACCAUGGAUGCUGUUGAUGGGGACGCCAGCCGUGUAAUUCUGGUGUCCAAGGACGGGACGGGGGAUUCCAGGACGGUGCAGGGAGCAGUGGAUAUGAUUCCUGAUGGUAACAAGGAGAGAGUGAAGAUACUCAUAAAUCCAGGCGUAUACAGGGAGAAGGUGAUCGUUCCCAAAACGAAGCCUUUCAUAUCAUUCAUCGGGAAUCAGAGCUCUGAAACCGUGAUCUCAUUCCAUCUAAGAGCUUCUGACCGAUACUCCAAUGGUCAGAAUGUCGGAACAUUUGAUUCUGCAACAGUCGCCGUCGAAUCCGACUACUUCUGUGCAAAUGGAAUCACAUUUGAGAACACCGCUCCGGCAGCACAGCCAGGAGAGGAGGGAAUGCAAGCGGUGGCGCUGAGACUCACAGGCGACAAAGCCAUGAUAUAUAGAUGCAGGAUAUUGGGAUCUCAAGACACUCUCUUCGACCACUAUGGCAGGCAUUAUUUCUAUGAGUGCUACAUCCAAGGAUCCAUUGAUUUCAUAUUUGGAAGUGCCAGAUCCUUGUAUCAGGCCUGCACACUCCACGCAGUUGCAGAAAGCUAUGGAGCUGUUGCGGCAUCUCAGAGGAAUUCACCAAUGGACAACUCUGGUUUCUCCUUCCUCGAGUGCAGGCUUAAUGGGACUGGGUUGCUGUACUUGGGCAGAGCGUGGGGGAGGUAUGCGAGAGUUGUCUAUUCCUACUGCCAAUUGGAAGGCAUCAUCCUUCCUGAAGGGUGGAAUGACUGGGGAGAUCCAUCCAGAAAAAGCACGGUCUACUUCGGACAAUUCAACUGCAAGGGAGAUGGUGCUAACUUGCAAGGGAGGGUGUCAUGGGCAAGAUCACUCACCUACUUGGAAGCAAAGCCUUUCAUGGACAGGGGAUACAUUGAUGGCGAACUAUGGCUGAGACUGUAGUCUGUCAUGCUGGAAUGAUGAGAACAUACUUCUUCUUCUUCUCGUACACCCAGAGGGACUCCUACUUACUGCUGCUACCUGAUACUGACGCUGACUGAUCCGACAUCCAUCAUCCUGCUGUUGGUUGCAGGAUGAUGAAAAGGUGCCGUCGCCACCUCAUGUAACACACUGUGAUCGAUAGCUUUGCGUCAUAUGUUUGUUAGCCAUACCGAUCACAUCAUUUGCAGUCUGGAAGAUGAGCUGACGAAGAGAAUACCAUGACCUUGUUCAGAAAAGGACUCGAAACCACUUCACCUUGAGAUGUCUCUGCAAUGACUACAUUCCAAGGAAGACCACGAUAUUGAAUUGUUCUAUAUAUAAACUG